CAAGGCCUCAACCCAAUGGUUUUAGAACAACCUCUUGUUUUCCGCUGGGGAAUAAUCUCCACAGGAAACAUUGCAACCGCAUUCGUAAAGGACAUGCUGGUUGACCCGAAGACACGAGAUGUGCAUGAUGUUAUCCACAAGGUGGUCGCUGUCGGGUCGCGCUCAGCGGAGAGUGCCCAAGGGUUCAUUGACAAUGUUGCGGGAGGUGAUAAGACCAUCAAAGCAUACGGCAAUUAUGCAGAUGUAUAUGCAGACAAAGAUGUGGACGCAAUCUACGUCGGCACACCUCACACAUACCACUACGUCAACGCUUGUGACGCGAUCAAAGCAAACAAACAUGUUCUUGUAGAGAAACCUGCGACGACGAACUCUGCGGAACUGAAGGCCCUGCUCUCCCUUGCUCGCGAACACGGUGUUUUUCUAAUGGAGGCCAUGUGGACACGCUUUCAGCCAGUUGCACGAUCUGUGAGGCGUAUCAUAGAAGAAGGCACCUUGGGAAAUCCAGUCAUGGUGCACGCAGAUUUGUCGGGAGAUUUCGACAUUGAGAAUAUAUCACCGCAUCAUCGUAUUUUGGACCCACAAUUGGGCGGAGGUGCUCUCCUAGACCUCGGUCCAUAUCCUCUCGUCUGGGCUAUUAUUGCUCUAUUUGAACAGACCGCUAACAAUCGCGAACAACCAACCGUCACAGCGUCGAUUGUCAAAACACCGAUCACAGGAGUAGACCGCACGUCUUCCUUUAUUCUUGACUUCCCUGCAAUACAAGCUCAGGCUUCAUUGUCCUGCUCCAUCAAUCUCCCAGCAAUAAGCCCAGGGGCGAUCAUUCGAUUUCACAAUGGUAACAUAUUAAUUCCAGCGCCGAUUUAUUGUCCAAAGUCAUACACUGUCCAGUAUUUCGACAAUCCCGGCAGUGGAAUCGUACAGCGAGAGGAGACGGUGCGCGUAUCAUUCGAAGGCGGGGGUUGGCAUUUCCAAGCCGAUGACGUAGCUCGCUGCGUGCGAGAUGGAAAGCUCGAGAGCAAUAUAUGGGGACACGAGAAGACAAUCUUGGCCAUGAAGAUUUUUGACGAGGUACGCCGCCAAGGUAGGUAUAUACUCCCUGAAGGGGUAGAGAAGGUGAUCUAGGCAUAGUUCAUGUUGGAGCGAUGCGUGUAGUAAUCAAGCGACGUUUCUAAACCC